CCAGUAUUUUGUGACGUCAUGAAAACCCGAGGUUCAAUCAAUCAACGAUUUGAAUUGUGCUUACAUACACUGAACUUUCAAGCACGACUGUCUUGGGCACAUUUUCCGAGAUUUCCCGGUGGAUAUGUCCAAUACAGCUUGGCAUCAGUAACAAGGCAGGCAGAUAGUGUUUCAGCCAGCAAAGAAGAAAUGUUUUGUGAUCGCGUUCAUUGACGUAGCCUACUUUUACAAUGUUUGGAACUAGUGUAAACUACAUCAGUACGUGCUGUAGCAGGAAAAAGAAGAAAACGUUUGGAACUCUGCUUACAGUGACGUAAAAAGAUCCCACAAGUUUGAAAAUGAAACUGCGAACUCUUUUUAAAAUACCAGUUCUGCUGUGUCUGGCUUCAGUAUUUGGAAUUCUCCAGUUAUACGUGUAUUUAAUACGUCUAGAAGUCACAGAAAAUCCAGACAAUAAACUUAAUGAAAUUGUUCAACAUUUGAAUCUCUUUGAUUCGGUAUGCUUGUCGGCUUUAGCAAAUGCAUCCAACGCAAGGUAUUUAGUAGACAAAUACAGAGUAUCUCAAAUUAGAAACAAGACACAUCAAAAGAAUGACCGUGAAGUAACAGAAAAUUGUACCGAAUUCUCCCGCCAUCUUACUUCCUUAGCUCAUAUGACCGACAUCGAGCGUGACUUUCCAAUCGCCUUCAGCGUCCUCGUGUAUCGAGACCCACAGCAAGCUAUGCGACUCCUCCGCGCCAUUUGGCGGCCACAGAACGUCUACUGCAUCCACGUGGACACCGGGUCGCAGUUCGACGUCCUCACCUACAUCAUGUCCCGCGUCAGGUGUCUCGACAACGUGUUUCUAGCGCCCCGGAUGAUCGACGUCAGAUGGGGGACGUUCUCCGUGCUAGAGGCGGACCUGAUCUGUAUGGAGGCGCUGUACAAACACAAAACACGAUGGAAAUACUUCAUCAACCUCACAGGGCAGGAAUUUCCUCUCAAGACCAAUUAUGAGCUGGUGAAAAUAUUAAAACUGUACGCUGGAGGAAAUGACAUAUUUGGGCAGGUUAAUAAAGUGAAUCCAUCCCGAAUAAGGAAGCUGGGUCCAGCUCCACACGGGAUCAAACCAGCCAAGGGCCCAAUCCACAUGGUGGCGUCACGGGGGUUCGUCGACUACGUUCUUCACAAUCAAACUGCUAAAGACUUCUUGGAGUGGGUCAGGCUGAUGAGGGUCCCAGAUGAAACGUACUUUACGUCACUUAACAAUAAUCCACACCUCCGCAUCCCCGGCUCGUUUACAGGCAGACUGGACAAAUCACGGCACCACAACUUCUACCUCGAUUCCCGACUGCGCUACAAGAUCUUUGUUUAUAAUAAAAGCUACCCCAAGUGCCACGGCAAAGCGCGUCACAGCGUCUGUCUCUUCGGUGUGGGUGAUCUACCCGGCCUCGUUGGAGCACCGCACAUUUUCGCCAACAAGUUUCUGUACAGGUACCAACAGUUUGCGUACGACUGUUUAGAGAGAUGGAUUUUCAAGAAAAUGGAAGCCGAGAAACACGGCCAGUUAGAUUUCGACCUUUCACCAUAUAGCAACAUUUACUUUAUGAAUAACUGCUACUGUGAACAGCAGCACAGGUAGUGUCAUUUUGUUCAAUAAGACUCAGAAAUUAUCAACGUGUUACACAAGGAAUGGAUGAAGUGUUUUGACGACACCCACAGAACAUAUUUAACGAUUGUAACAUACGGUAAUUGUGUUCCUACCCAGGACAGGCGUGCGCUACAACAACUUGCUCUGAAUGUGCACGAUAAACUCUCUGUCCUGACCUGACCUGGUAAUUGUGUCACUUGGUUUUGAAUGAAAUAGGAAAACGACUGCUACCACUUACCUUAAGUAUAGUCGAUUCAGAGAGAGAGAGAGAGAGAGAGAGAGAGAGAGAGAGAGAGAGAGAGAGAGAGAGAUUAUGAGGUCAUUUCUAAAAAGGUCCCAAUAAUGCCAUAUUUGUUUAAAGCUGCAGUGCCUAGUUAGCAAAUUACUGUCGCGAUACAGGUUUACUACCGAAAAAGCAGCACGGAUCUUGUAUAUGCAAUUUCACAUAGACAGGGCAGCACAUACCUUGGUCUUCAAUGUGACAGUCACAGGUUGGGACCACUGAAGGUGACCAGUUAACCCAUUACACCUCGGGCCUACUUCUUUAAUGAAGCGUCAUACUAAUAGUCGUAGUACUAAUAAUGAAAAUGUAAAUACACGGAGUUAAAAACAGGCUGCUGUUUUUGGAGUUGGUGAUAAUAAUAAAUACGAGCGAGGAAGAAACAAUA